CUUUUUUGAAAGAUGGGUGAUUGUAUAAUAUGUUCAGUCAUCUGUCAGACAGAAGCUGAGUUGAAGACACUGAAGUCAAAGCUGGAGACCCUGGAAAUGGAAUUAAACACUAAAAUCAAAAAGUUUGAAGACAAACAAGAUGAAGUCCAGCAGCUCCAGGAUCAGAUUCAGAGGACGGAGACCAUCCUGCAGACAGAGGAGGUUCAUUAUUCUACUGAACUAAAAGUAUCAGAGUAUCCAAAUAUUUAUAGAGAUAUUUGGUAUCAGUGUCAAUGCUCAGACAUUCAGCAACACUCAUCAUCAUCAUGUGUUGAACAUUCAGACCUUAAACCUGAAGGUGUAACGGUGGGAGACAGAACGGACCCAAACGCAACGCUGAGGGUUAGAAAAGAGGUUUAUUGAGGAGAAGGGGGUUCGAGGCGAGGGUGGGUGGAAGGAGUGGGUGAGGCUGACGAGGACACGGGGAACCGAGAAGCUGGAGGAACGGAGGGCACUUAGGCUGGAGGCUUGAGGGAGGCUGGCAGAUGGAUAAGAGAGGGCGCGGAGACUGGGGGUCCAGGCGGGGUGCGAGAGGGGAAGUCGGAGGGCGUUGUGGAGGCGGCGAGAGGAGGAGGAGGCAGGCGAGCGAGCCCGGCUGGC